AUGAUCCAAGAGUCUCUAUCGCCAUUCUUCCAGCCGUUUGGGAUAGAUGUGUCAAGGUUUCCCAUGACUAAUCCUCCGAUUUUUCAGUCGGCAUUAGCCAACUACAACGCACCUCCAAGAAGAAGGAGGAUUUCUAUUUCCAAUGGUCAGAUUGGCCAGAUGGGUCAACUUGCAGAUGACUAUGAUCUUAUCGAGAGCAUAUAUGAUAUACAACCUCCUCCAAUGCCCCUGAAACGGGUUAUGAAUGCCAACGGGAAGGUCCAAUUCAAGCAGCCUAAUUAUCAUGAGUCGAUGCCGCCCCACGCCGUCCCUGCAACUUCCUUUCCGCAUGAAUUUGCAGAUCCUGCACAACAGGCAAAGCCUUUAGAUACGCAAAAUGGUAACGUUCUUUCUUCUGUUAAGGAAGUUCCAAGCGAUACUCCGCUCACAGUCCCUGCUACUCAUCCAUCACAAUCACAAUCACAACAAGCACCACCACCGCUGUCACUGCCGCCAUUGCCGCAGCAACAGCAGGAACAGCGACAGCGACAGCAUGAACCACAAGAACAAGGGCAGCAGCAACAACAAAACCCUAAUCUCCGGCCGGUGCUCCCCACAGCAGAACAUCGUAUCCAUACACUAGAUAGUCCGGAUCAUGAUAAUUAUAAGAUGCAGUUUAGCAUGAUGUCUCAGGACGUUGGUUCUUUGCCCGGCACCGCGUCUUGGAAAAGAGCACGACUCUUAGAGCGUAACCGUAUUGCAGCUUCCAAGUGUAGGCAAAGAAAGAAAGUCGCACAACAACAACUUCAAAAAGACGUUAAGUCCCUUACUAAAGAAAAUAAGGUUAUGAGAAAGAAGCUGGACUACUAUCAAAAACUGGUUAAUAAAUUUAAAAAAUUUAUGGAACUACACAUGGACUCCUGUGGUGGUAACAAAGACGGUAUCAAGGUUAUUGAGGAAAUGUUAAAAAUCGACCAUGACUUGGACGAGGAUGAAGAUGGUACUCUAGUGUUUACGAACAGCGACGAGAAGUGA